CAGGAAAUGGGUCGUCAUGAUGAUUUGUGGUCAUUGUUUUAUAUGCUGGUGGAGUUUACUGUUGGACAAUUACCAUGGCGUAAGAUAAAAGAUAAGGAGCAGGUGGGACAGAUUAAAGAGCGCUACGAGCACAGGAUGCUGUUGAAACAUAUGCCUGCUGAGUUUCAUAUCUUCUAUGACCAUGUGCUGGAUUUAGAUUACUACACCAAACCUGAUUAUCAGUUGCUAAUGUCAGUAUUUGAGAACAGCAUGAAAGAGAGGGUGAUAACAGAAAACGAGCCUUAUGACUGGGAAAAAUCUGGAACAGAUACG